GCUAAUAAACCCGACUCCGUACGCUCGCCGCUCCCCGGUUCAUAUCUCGCCCCGAGAAAGAAGUGCCAGUCGCCGUCCACGCGCUCCCCAGCGACGCCGUCACCAUGGCGCUCGACAACUACUACCACAACAAGAUCGAGGCGAUGCAGCUCGAGAUCCUAAAGGGUCAAGCUGUGCUGCGCCGUCUGGAAGCCCAGCGCAAUGACUACAACUCGCGGGUACGCCUGCUCAGAGAAGAGCUGGGCCUGCUGCAACAGCCGGGGUCGUACGUCGGCGAAGUGGUCAAAGUGAUGGGUACGAAGAAGGUCCUCGUCAAAGUACAUCCUGAAGGGAAAUACGUGGUGGAUGUCGCCGACUCGGUUGAUGUCAGCAAACUCACAGUCGGCAAGCGCGUAACGCUGUUAUCCGACUCCUACAAGCUCGAGAAGAUCCUCCCCUCAUCAGUGGACCCGCUGGUCUCGCUCAUGAUGGUCGAGAAGGUGCCCGACAGCACCUACGACAUGAUCGGCGGCUUGGAUCAACAGAUCAAGGAGAUCAAGGAGGUCAUCGAACUCGGCCUCAAGCACCCAGAACUGUUCGAGUCGCUCGGCAUUGCGCAGCCCAAGGGUGUGCUUCUCUACGGGCCGCCCGGCACCGGCAAGACACUGCUAGCCCGAGCGGUGGCGCACCAUACCGACUGCAAGUUCAUCCGCGUGUCGGGCUCGGAGCUGGUGCAGAAGUACAUCGGCGAGGGCAGCCGCAUGGUGCGCGAGCUGUUCGUCAUGGCACGCGAGCAUGCGCCAAGCAUCAUCUUCAUGGACGAAAUCGACUCGAUCGGCUCGUCACGGGUCGAAGGGUCCUCGGGCGGCGACUCGGAGGUGCAGCGCACCAUGCUGGAGCUCCUGAACCAGCUCGACGGCUUCGAGCCGACCAAGAACAUCAAGGUGAUCAUGGCGACGAACCGGCUGGACAUCCUGGACCCCGCUCUGCUGCGGCCGGGCCGCAUCGACCGCAAGAUCGAGUUCCCGCCACCGAGCGUCGAGGCCCGCGCCGACAUCCUGCGCAUCCACAGCCGCAAGAUGAACCUGACGCGCGGCAUCAACCUGACCAAGAUCGCCGAGAAGAUGAACGGCUGCUCCGGCGCCGAGCUCAAGGGCGUGUGCACCGAGGCCGGCAUGUACGCCCUGCGCGAGCGGCGCGUGCACGUCACGCAGGAGGACUUUGAGCUGGCCACCGCCAAGAUCCUGAACAAGCACGACGACAAGGAGGUGUCGCUAGCCAAGCUCUGGCGUUGAUCAGUACCCAUCCAAAACGGGCCGAGGGGGGGUUGUGGUGGUUGGUGGUUGGUAGUGUUGGUGGUAGUGGUUCAUUGGUGACCAAAACACAAGACUGCGCGAUUGCAUUCCCGUCGCCAACGAGGGCUUUUCAUAGUCGAUCCAAAAAGAAAAAGAAAAAAAAACAUAUAGUAGCAGAUCGAUCGAAAGUCACUUGGCAGAAGGCUGGACCAUUUCACUAAAAGGUCGAAGAAGUGAUACCUAGUCACCACCAACCUGCAGAUUAAAUUGUGGCCAAGACCGCAUAUAUCUAGCAGUUGUACAAUACAA